CCAAUUUCAGCUUCCCUUCUUUUUUAGCCGCAUGUUACAAAACCAACCUCUCUGUUCCCUAAGGUCACUGUCCAAUUUAAGUAGUGGGACAGUGUGAGUGUGUGACUGCAACACAUAAAUAAAUAAUUAUAUUAGUUGAUUGACUGGCCCUAGUUUAUUUAUUUAUGGCAAUUAGUAGCCAAUUACGCAUAUAUAAGCUCAAAUGUGAUACAUUACAUAAUGACCACUAUCUUCACUCAUAUCCAUUCUCUUAUUUUGUCUCCUGCUUCCCAUAAAAUAAUUUACUUCUAAUCCAUCUCCUAUUUGGCUAUUUAACCUUAAUGAUUUGCCUCUAAUCCGGACGGUGCACGUUUUUUUUGGAUAUAAAUAAGGUAGGAGUAAAUCCUAGGGAAAGACCAACAUCAACCUUCUUCCUCAUUUCUCUUUCACCUCUGUCAUAAAGUCAUACCACUCAAAACACAUAACUUUGAGAAACAUGGCCGCCUCAAACAAAGAGCAAAGCAAGCUACAUAUUGCUAUGUUUCCUUGGUUUGCAUAUGGUCAUAUAAACCCAUUCAUCCAGCUCUCUAACAAGCUUUCCUCCCAUGGCAUCCAAAUCUCUUUCUUCUCAAUACCAGGAAACAUUGAUCGUAUCAAAUCCUCCCUUAAUCUCUCACCUCCCAACCAGCUCAUCCCCCUCACUAUUCCCCCAACUGAAGGACUCUCUCCCAACUUUGACAGCAGCUCUGAAGUAACACCUCAAACUGCUCAGCUUCUCACACUAGCACUUGAUCAAAUGCAGCCCCAAGUCAAAGCUCUAUUACCUCAACUCCAGCCACAAGUUAUCCUCUUUGAUUUUGCAUAUCACUGGCUUCCCUCAGUAGCUUCUGAACUAGGCAUCAAAGCUGUUCAUUUCAAUACAUUCCCAGCUGUUAUCAAUUCAUAUCUCACUGUCCCUUCAAGAAUGACUGAUCCAAAUAAACCACCGACAUUUGAGGACUUGAAGAACCCUCCUCAAGGCUAUCCCAAAACCUCAACCGCCUCAGUGAAAACCUUCGAAGCUCAAGAUUACCUAUUCCUUUUCAAGAGUUUCGAUGGCGGACCGUGCCAUUUCGAAAAGAUAUUGGCAUUCACAAACAGCUGUGAUGCUAUACUUUACAGGACCUGCAAUGAAAUAGAAGGUCCAUUCAUAGAUUACUUCAAGACCCAAAUAAAUAAACCACUGCUUUUAGCUGGCCCAAGUGUUCCUCUACCACCCUCUGGUGAACUGGAUGAAAAAUGGGAGAUGUGGUUAGGUAAAUUUCCUGAAAAGUCAGUCAUAUACUGCAGCUUCGGAAGCGAGACAUACUUGAAUGAUGCUCAGAUUCAGGAGCUUACACUUGGGUUGGAGCUCACUGGUCUGCCCUUUAUCUUGGUUUUGAAUUUUGGAACAAGUAACAGCACCGAUGCCCACAAUAAGCUAGAAGCAUCAUUACCAGAAGGAUUUAGAGAGAGAAUCAAAGACAGGGGCGUUCUGCAUACAGGAUGGGUGCAACAGCAAAACAUUUUAGCACACAGAAGCAUAGGAUGCUUUCUUACUCACGCAGGGUUCAGCUCUGUAAUAGAGGGUAUUGUGAAUGACUGUCAAUUAGCAUUUCUACCUCUAAAGGCUGACCAGUUUAUGAUCGCUAAGCUAUUUAGUGGGGAUCUGAAAGCAGGGGUGGAGGUAAAUCGAAGAGAUGAAGAUGGGUCUUUUGCCAAAGAAGAUAUUUUCGAAGCAAUAAAGACGAUCAUGGUGGAUACUGAUAAAGAACCAAGUAGAUCCAUCAGGGAGAAUCAUAGCAAUUGGAGAAAGUUUUUGAUGAAUAAGGAGAUUGAAGCUAGUUAUAUUGCAAAUUUAGCUCAUGAACUCAAGGCAUUGGUUCAAAAAGCUUAGUGAGAGUUAUGAAGGACAAGAACUAUUGAAGAUUCAAGGCACCCCCUUCCUUUUUAUUCUUUUAUAUAUGGCUGUACUUUCACAAUGAUGAAACUCCACAGGCUUUCUCCAUGUUUGUAAUAUUGUUUAGUGCUUCUAUGUUAAAAUCAAAUAAUUUCAGCAUGUUAAACACAUGUCAAGGAUUUAUGAUUCCAGUUUCCAACAAA